AUGACCAGUACACAUCAGCAAGCACCUCAAUCUCAAGAGGAAGAAACUUCUUCAGCCAUCAACAAUAGCCAUGUGUCAUUCAAUACUACGAUUCGACUCCAGCCACCCACCAAUGCAAACACCGAGCAAAGAUUGAAGCAAAUUGAUGAGCUCAAAUACUUUCUAGGAACUGCUACCAAUGACUGGGAGCCCAAUCGUCAGGUCCAUUCCUUUGGCUUACCAACAGGUGAAAGCAUUUCAUGCGUAUUCUGGAAUGACUUGUUCCAUGUGACAGGCACUGACAUUGUGCGAUGUCUACUGUAUCGAUUCCAUCUGUUUGGUAGACCUGUCACCAAUCUCAAGAAAUUUGAAGAGGGUAUCUUUUCUGAUUUGAGGAAUUUGAAGCCUGGUAUGGACGCCUCAUUAGAAGAGCCAAAGUCUGAAUUUCUGGAGAUGCUGUACAAGAACAACUGCAUACGAACACAAAAGAAGCAAAAGGUGUUUUUCUGGUUUUCUGUGCCUCAUGACCGAUUGUUCCUAGAUGCCCUGGAGAGAGACUUAAAGAGGGAGAAGAUGGAAUUGGAACCGACAAGCUUUGCUAUUGCUGAACCUGCCAUGUCACUGUCUUUGGACACAACACUGGAACUGUUUGAUCAGCUACGAAAAUCCAUGUCCUUAUCCGCUGUCGCAGUUACUCAUGCCAUGGAUGAUGAAUUCCAUCAACAGCAGCUACUGGAGUCCAAUCCGUCUUCGCCUACAACCACUGCGAGUAGCAUUCAUGCUGUUAAUUCGUCCUCUUCCAUUCCUACUACUACCACUUCUACUACUUCUUCUUCCAUUCUUACUACUACUCCACUGACUACUGCAGCAACAGCAGCAGGCCAUCAACAUUAUAACGGUAAAGAAUUUGGGCAUAGGUCAACUAGGUCGCUCUCUUCCAUUAUGCCACCUCCAUGUUCUUCUCCAGCCCUAUCUGCUGAUAGCUCACCUGCUCUGGCCUCUUCUGCCCUGAAAGAUCCACCUUUAGCUAAUUAUCAGCAGACAAGCUACUCUGCUGGUACUUCGCCCAAACUGGCACCCUGUCAUUUGCCCGCUGUGGAUGAUGCUAAUACAGAACAACAGCAAAAGAUAUUUGGACAGUUCUCUCUAUUUGAAGGCUCGCCCACCUACAAACAACGGCAACGCAGAAGAACAUUUUCCGCAUUUGCACCCUUCUUUCCAGACAGCAACGGCAGCAACGAUCGCCUGGAAUUGGCCACCAUGAAUGCAGGUCUCGCCAUCAACCCGCAGAAUCUCUUCCAGCUCCUGCGCAAACAACAGCAACAACAGCAACUAGAGCAACAACAAUGCCAUGAACGCCAUCAGCAAACUGACAAGGUGUACACUUGCCCUUUGCCUCAAUGUGGCCGUCUGUUCAAGAGAUUGGAGCACCUCAAGAGACAUUUCAGAACACACACAUUGGAACGCCCAUAUUCGUGCAACAUGUGUGGCAAGCACUUUUCAAGAACGGACAAUUUGGCACAGCAUAAGAAGACGCACAACCGAAGCCGCAAUCUGACAUCCUCGUCUCUUCUCGGUCGAUCGAAUAGUAAUGGUAGUCAAGGCAGCAUUAAAAAGGAGGCUUCCGCCAACGAUCAACAGCAGCCUAUCGUAUCGACAAACUUGAUUGUAGACAAGCUGUCCAUCUUGACUACAAAUGACACCGGCUCCAUGAUCCCGAUCGAUUACUUUUGCAACAACGAUAUUAUGGAAGAGAGUGACACAACAUAUGCUUUCCAAUAUCCAGCAGCAUAUCAAUACCAGCAACAGCAGCAAAAUGAUGAUAGUAUCUAUUACAAUCACAAUCACUCGAUGGACAAUAUAUGCAUGACAGCAGAAUAUGACCAAGUAUCUCCAAUAUCAUAUGACAACCCCAGCAUGUGGCAAACUCACUCCUCCUCUACUGCGUCAAGCUUUUAUAAUCAACCAAACCAACGUCUUUCCUGGUGCUCUACCAUCGAUGAACAAAGCCAAUCAUCGUCACCCACCAUUCCUUAUGAACAACAGCCCAUCUAUACUUGGCACACUUGA